GUCAAUUGACAUAUGGUAUGUUGAACGAACAUUAGAGAACAAACUGCGUAAAUUAAAAAAGAUACAACAGCUAAAAUCACAGAUCAAUAAAGACGAGGAUGUCCAAACCUACAAGAUAAUUAGCAUUGCAAAAGACGGUAAUUGUUUUUACAGAUGUUUAAGCUAUUUCCUGUAUGGAUCUCAAAUGUAUCACGAAUCAUUGAGAGAAGACCUUACUCAAUAUAUGUAUAAGAACUCCCAUAAGUACAACCAUCUGGUAGACGGUGAUAUACACGUACACCUUAGCGCACAGAGAUAUACAAAUGGAAGGUUAUCGUCAUGGGCAACGGAGGCCGAGCUAAAAGCCGCAUCUGAUCACCACCAAAUUAGCAUCCAUGUUUCAACAGACCGUAAAUUCACAGAGUGGUUGAAAUUUGAAGAUCAAAUUGAGCCCUCAAUUAAUGUAGACCGCCCGCUGAGGUUACUUUUAGAAAAAAGCCAUUUCAGUGUACUAGAAGCUAGCGUCGACGGUAGACAGCAUACAACCCAUGAUACUGAUACUCACGUGUAUGAUUGGUUUGAAGGAAAGCCUACCGAACCUGUAAUUUACUUGAAAAAACGGAACACUGCCAAUGCAAAUACAAAUGUGAAACGACCCAGUGACACAAAAGCGUUCAAAGCAAAGCAGGUUAAGGAGAAUAAACCCCAAAUAUCACCACAAGAAUCGUUACCAAAAAAAUCCGAUGGGACAGAAUCUUCAGUGACUAACCUAUCAAAACACGUACUCACCGACGCUGAACAAAAUCUCCUUGAAAAGGGCCUUAAAUUCAUCCCAAGUCGUAAGAAUAUUGAUAAGGUGAAAUUGCUAGCUGACCUUGGGGAGUGGGAACGCAGAAUGCGAUUACGGGAAUACUUUACGGACACUGAAAGCAACCAAAAUAUGAAACAGGGAAUACUCGAUAAGUUCCGAGUUAAACCAAAAAGCACAUUUACUCCAAACGCGGGAAGGGACCCAAGCCUCGACCUUUAUGUUGAACUGGUAAAGAAUGAUAUCAUCUCAAAUUUGAGGUAGACUGGCAAAUUAAAUCUAGACAAGAAUGAAAACAAAGCAUUUCAUGAACUGUUACAUAAUGAUUCAAUUAUCAUCAGACCGGCAGACAAGGGAUCUGGCAUAGUAAUACUAGACAAACAAGUUUACAUAGAGUCACUGAAACACGAAAUGAGUGAAGACAAGGCAUACAGAUCUACUGAAGGUGAUGCAAGUAAACAAAGUAUGAAGAAUGUGAAGUCGCUCGUUAAUAGACUUCACCGACAAGGCAGUAUCUCUGGUGAUAUGAAACAGUAUUUAAUACCAAGGUACCCACAAGCGGGUAAACUCAAAGGAAAUCCGAAGAUACAUAAAGCAGACGCACCUUUACGCACAAUAGUGAGCGGGAUAAAUACAGCUACCGAGAAAUUAGCCGAAUUAGCCGAGCACGAAUUAAAUGAAUAUGUGGAGUCCUCGCCGAGUUACAUUAGAGACACUACGGACUUUAUUCAAAAACUAAAAGAAGUCAAAGAACCACUGCCGGAAGACAAUUGUCUACUAUUUUGUUUUGACGUCAGGAAACUAUAUCCAUCCAUACCCAAAAGAGAAGGGUUAGAAGCUUGCAGGGAAGCAUUGAACGCGCGCUCCAACCCACUAGUCACUUCAACUGAUGAUAUGAUUGACGUAAUCACGACAGUUUUGGAAAACAACAAUUUCAGUCUAAACGAAAACAACUACGUACAGACAGAUGGAGUGGCGAUCGGCUCAAAACUGGGAAAAAAUUUUGCUUGUAGCUAUAUGCGGAAGUGGGACGAGAAACUCAUGACAGCUUAUAGAGUACCGGCAUUUUAUAAGAGGUUUAUAGAUGAUGGCUUUGGAAUAUGGAUAGGUACCGCGCCUGAACUUGAGGCUUUUACCAUACAUGCCAACUCAAUACACGAAAAUAUUCAAGUAGACCUUCGGUUUAGUCCGCACAGUAUCGUUUUUCUAGAUACAACCGUACGGAUGCGAAAUGGUCAUAUCUACACAGAUCUAUAUGUAAAGCCCACGGACAAACAGCUCUACAUACGCAAAGACUCAUGCCACCCCCCUAGCAGUAAAAGAUCUUUAGCGUAUGGACUUGGAUUGCGGAUACGAAGAAUUUGUGAGCAGGAAGGUGAUUACAACAAACAUAGAAAUGACCUAAAACUGCAAUUAAGAAGACGCGGGUACAGCGGGAAAUUCGUAGAAGGCCAGUUACAGAAGGUAGAUGCACUGUCGCGCACAGACUUACUGGAAAAAUCAAAAAAACAAACGCAAAACGACAGAGUUCCUCUUGUAGUCACGUUUUCCAGUCUUCUUCCCGACGUACACAGCAUUGUACACAAACAUUUAAACGUGCUAUAUAAAUCAGACAGGAUGCGCGAAGUCUUCAGUAAACCGCCUUUAGUAGCAUACCGUAGGGACAGAAACCUCUGUGAUACACUGGUACACAAGAAGACAAGCAAGGCUACCUUCAUCACACACAUAUGUGAGACAAACUGCACGUGCUGUAACAAACUGACAACAAGUGACAUUCAAGACACAGACGGCAAAAUUACUUACAGCACGUGCAAAAAUGUUACUUGUCGCACGAGAAACGUGAUAUACGGUAUAGGAUGCAACAAGUGCGAAUGUGUUGUGUAUAUUGGGGAGACGGAGAGGCAAAUCCGAGAGCGCAUGAGUGAACACUUGCGAGACGUCCGCCUGCAUAAAGAAAAGCCCAUCACUACCCACUUCGAUUCGAGCCACUGCGAUGGCAAUAUGUACUUCUCGGUCCUGGAGACGCUAAAUAUCGCUGGACGCCAAGAGCGUGUAAUUAGAGAAGCGUUGUGGAUAAAGAGACUUAAAACUAUGAAACCGUUCGGAUGUAAUGUAAAAGACAGUGUGUUCCAGUCGGCAACAUUAAUAGACAGCAUAUAAUGCUUAUAAUAAAUAAUAAUAUUUAUGUUUAUUUUAUAGACAUUAUAUAUGUUAUGUAUAUGUAUAUUGUGAACAUGU